AUGCGAUCGCCUCUUCGCCGAAACAUGGCCGAUGUUUGCGUGCUUUCCCCGCCGCGUCACGUGUUCGUGCCCGUAGCUUUUUGUCGUCGUUUUCACUUGACCAUGCCCUGUGACACUCUCACUUCGAUCAGUUCGAUCAAUUCUAUGCGCGACGGCUCGCCUCCUUCAGUCGUCGCGAUGACUUCAAAGAAAAAGAAAAGAAAUCAGAAUCAAGCCGCCGUGCAUCCAGUACAACAGGUGCAACCACAACCGCAACCAACGCCAGAAUCUGACAUUGAAGAAAACUUCUUGUUGGACAAAGAGGCGGCUCAGCCGGUCACGUCUGAUGAACCUUUAACCGUUUUUGUUCCUGAUCCAGAACCAAAAAUGGAAAGAAAAGCUCGUCACUCGAAAUCGCCUCCUUCUCCUCCGACACCCCCAGUGCCUAUUUCUUCUACACCACCUCACUCAACUGUUACACUUCGAUCCAGUGCCUCACCUUCGCCUUCUGUUGCCUCUUUGCCUGCACUUUAUGAGCACAGACGUGAAUCGAGCUCGACGUUGAAUAGAUUAGGCUCACCACGUCAAUCCUCGCGCGACUUGGCUCAAUACACGAAGGGAAUUGUCGUCAAGCCACAACCACCUGCUGAAUCGGAUGUAGUGUCAUCGAUGUUUGAGCUCGUUCAUGAGCUUUCUUCGUCUUCGACAAUUCCACCCUCUUCUCAACCAGAGAAAGUUGAAUGGGUGGAAAUUCAAAAAGUUCUAAAACAUGGUGAUCCAAGCAAAUCGAUUGACAUCAUUAUUUUGGGAUUGGCUCGCGGAUUCCAAAUUUGGACAAUCACGGAAAGCGGCGUUUGCGAAGAAGUGCUCAGUGAGAGACAAGGGCCACUUCGAAUAGGAAAAUUGCUUCCCAGUGAUCCAGAACCGAUCGAUGAUGCAACGAAAGAUCGAUUUGCCGAACAUCGACCAUUAUUUGGUCUUGUCGACUCAAGCAUGUCACGAACCGAUAAUCAAUUCUGCUGUUUAAGAUUCCUUUCACUUGGAUCUGGAAAUUUGGUGCACAAGCUCUCAUUUCCCGAUCCGAUUCUAGCGGUUGAGGCUUCACUAAAGUGGUUUGUCGUAGCAACGGGUGCGCGUCUUGUAAUCUGUGAUCAUUACACUCUACAAGAACAAAAAGUUAUUGAAACAACACCGAUCGAGUCUCAGCAGAUCGCUUUCGCACUUCGUUUUUCAUAUCUCGCGUGGGCUGAUACAAAACUUCGAAGCGAAACUCUGAGCAUUGGAGGUGUGACUGAGCCUUUAGAGGCGCCCGAUGUCACCUAUACCGGACAAAUGCUUUCAGCUGUCAAGUCUCUAUCGAGAACUGUCACUUCGGUCAGUGGUUCUACGAAGAAAGGAGAAAUGCGUGGAGUGGUUACAAUUGCUUGUUUGGACUGUUUUAAUAAAACCGAGGAAGAAUUCACGAAACUUCAUUUCAUGGCUCAAGAGGAUCCCGUUUCACAUAUCGAUUUGUCCUAUGAUUGUAGACUAUUGAUGACGGCCGACGCUAGCGCAAGAGAGUUCAACGUGUUUUCGUUGAUGCCUCAUUCGGCGACUCCCGUUCUAGCGACUGCUCAACACCUCUAUGUUCUGAAUAGGGGCACCACGCCGGCAAAGGUGUUGUCCACGUGUUUCUCAAAUGAUUCACGCUGGCUCUGCAUCGCCACAAAUCAUGGCACUGUGCAUGUAUUCGCUAUAAAUCCUUACGGCGGAGUCCCAACAGCACGCACGCAUGCAGGAGGGCUUUUGAAUCAACAAUCGAAAUUCUCUAGGUCUGCUGGACUUAGUGAGCAUGACUCUUCGUUGAUCAAUGAGGCUCGGCAAAGAAGACAAAGCGAAAGACAACAUAUUUUGAGAGAACACCCUUCACAAAGGAUCUUCGGGCUUGCCAGAGCUAGUGGUAAUCCAAGAAUCGGACCAUUCCCUCCACCACUAAUGCUGAAAGCCGCUAAAAAGAUUCGGGAAAGAAGAUUGAAUACCGAAAACCUUUCUGCUUGGGCCACCGAUCUUACGCACACCAGCUUGUCGUCAUCAACGAUCAAUACAAAGAAAGGCAAAAUGGAGACACCAAAGAUGGCACUAGCAUUUGCAAGCAGACCAGUACACGAUGUCAAGAGUACAAGUGUUCUCGUUCUAACAGCUGACGGAGUUCUAUGUGAGUACGGGUUGCAUGGAUCAACCGGACAAGCAUCAGAUGAGCAGAUCAGGCUUGAUAUUGUCCCGCAAGCGAGUUGGACGCUGUACAGAACGAAGAACACAGCUGACUUGGUGACUCCAUUACAAGCGGCAUCUCCAUUGAUGCGUUGGACCACUGUUGACUCGUCUCCAACUAGGGCUAGAACUGAUAGCUAUCGUAUCGAUCCGAAUACCGAGUGGAAUGGACAAGUCGAAGAUGUUUGCACGUAUUCAGUUCCACACAGACGUUUGUGGCAAGGUCCACAAUUUGCAUUCUUCAGUGUCAACGAAGCUCCCGAGCCAGUUCAAGUAUCAUCUAGUGACUAUGGCGGAACACAAAGUAUUCCAAUCGUUAUUGGAGAUGGCGACUACGGGCCUCACGCAACACGAGUCGAAUGGUGCGGUAGUGCCAGCGGAGAACGCACAUGCGAAAAGGAAAGAGAUGAAAUCGCAAAGAGAAUCGCAGAUGCGAUGGGUGAACUUGAGAUUAACCCAGACGUUGAAAGGGAGGAGAAAAGCAGCAUUGAUGAUGUCUUUUUCGACUCUACAGAUCACACCUCAAUAACUCGGGAUUCAACUCUCAGGGAA